UCACAUCUGUGACUCCCUCCCCACGAGUUUGAUCUGGGUUCGCCCUCGCUCGGUCCUGGUGGCACCUCGGGCUCCACAAGAGUACGGUAUGUGAACGAUUUCCCGUGCACUUCCUGACAAGCCGCAGGUUAACCACCACCCCCUUCCACCCCCCCCCCCCCCCGCUCUGGGAGAGAGAGAGAGAGAGAGAGAAAAGAUGGGCUGGUUGCUGAACAAGUUCAACAAGACUGGAGCUCUGAUCAGCUGCCAGCGAAGACACCAGCCAGCACCUCGGCGACCUUGUUGUGGAAUCCGGAGGGCAGGAUGCGGCAGUGAAUCAGGUGUUUCAGGAGGAGUGCAGUCCUGACCUGGAGCCCCCUCAACCAGCUGGACUUGGACUCUGUGUGUGGGGUGUGUGUUACACUGGAGUUGGAGGGAGGGGGGGGGGUUGUCCCCCUUUAUCCCCCUCUCUCUCUCUGGGUAGGACCAGCCACUGUUAGUGGGUCUCCACAGGGAGACUUCCCAACGACUGCAGGAGGAGGGGGUGGUCUGGGGAGUUUUUGUUCUAUUAUUUUAUUAUUUUCUGUUCUCUGAAGCAUGUCGGAGGAGGGCAGCUCCGAGUGCCCGGUGUGUUACGAGAAGGUUUCGCGCCAGAACCAGUCCCUCCGGACGCUGAGCUGCAACCACGUCUUCUGCCACGACUGCCUGGUCAAGACGGUCAUCAACCAGGAGCGGCAGCCCCGGAAGGUGGUCUGCCCCGUCUGCCGGCACGUCACCUUCCUCAGCAAGAAGAGCUCCCGCUGGAGCGCCGGGGGCAAGGACGCCAAGCAGACCCUGGAGAUCCCCCUGGCGCCCAGCGCCACCCGCGACCUCCGGCCGCUAGGGGCGCAGCUGGGGGCGCCGCCGCCUCCGCCGCCUCCGCGGUCGCUGCUGCGCCGCUGGGUGGGCAGUUGGCGCCGGACACUCGCCGCCGCCCGCCGCCCGGCCGCGGGCACCAGCCAGGUUUUCGUGAUCAGCGGCAGGGGCAGGCCCAUGAGCGAGGAGGAGCUGAGGGCCCCCGCUGACGGACUGGUGUUGGAGCACCGGCGCUGCAGGCUCCGCUGGGUGCUGGUGCUGCUCUGCUUCAUCAUCAUCGGCGCUGUGGUGGCCGCCAUCCUGCCCUGGGUCACCUCCUUCAAAUGACAGUCCCACCCCUGUUAGGGGGAGCGGGGGCAGUCAAACCCCCCCCCCAAGUCUGAACUCGAGGAGGGGUGACAAAAGCACUUUAAGUUGUACGGAAAAAAAAAGUAGCGAAACAAAAACCCAGCCUCACUUCACAAAGGAGUUUAUCUGGAGCUGUGCUCACCUGCUGCAUCCUUUUGCUCAACUUUCCAGGAAUGUACUUUGGCAACUCCUGAGAGGGACCAGCCGAAUGGAGAAAAUACCAAUUGCACUUGUACAGAAAUUCAUUUUUUGCAUUAAAAUUAUGAUCAGUUGUCAACUUACUUCCUCAAGACAAAUAACUAAUGUUGUUGGCUAUAAAUAUUUGGGAAUUUUUUUUUGCAACAUUGUUAUACAGUAGGCCAGUGGCCUGGUGGAUGAAUUGUACUAAGUAGAUUUAUCAAAUUGUUAUUUAACACUGGUAAAUUAAUCAAAACUGCA